GAGUCCCAGCAUCUUCUUCCCAAUGCUCUCCUUCAGGUCGGUGUAUCCAUCGCCCAGUGUAUGAGGAGGAGGCAGCACAGCACCUGUCCGCUCCUCUCUGCACCACACCGCCGCACAGUCAGCCAGGGAAGACGGACUUGUGUGGCAGACAGCCAAUGGGAGGGCGGGAGGCCCCGGAAACGUCCGCACAGCCGAGGAGAAGGAAGGGACUCUGCGGCGGCUGCUGCCUCCUAGAUGUGUAGAGCAGCCCGCCGGUUCUGGGCCUGUCACUGUCCGCUCCGGAGGAUGAGCCCACAGCCGGCAAUGUGCUCCCUAUCCUCGCUGAGACUCCAUGCUUCAGGCUGAGCCUUGCAGAGUGUGAGCACCAUCAAGUCUAUCAUAACCAAAUGGAAAGAACAUGGCAAACAGCAAACCUGUCAAGAGACGGUCGCACGCCAAAACUUAUGGAUCGGGCAAGGAGGGCAUUCAUCAGAGAGGCAGCACAGAGACCUAAGCACUCUUCAGGACAUCAGAGCCACUCAGACUACCUGAGCAAAACUUUUUUCAUUUUUGCCAUCGCACAGAACAGGGCAGAUGAUUGUGCUGCAACAUGCCAGGCCUCCUCACCCUGAGCAACCUGCUUUUCCUUCUGCCAUUGCAAUGGGCAAAAGGCCAGUAGUCCUACCUACACAGCCUCAUUCACCAAUACGUGUAGCCCUUGCAGCUCAGCCACCUUCUUUGGAAAUCCUUGAGGAUGACACUGUGGAGGAAGAUCCGUCCUUGGAAGAACUGUGUAAACCUCUUUCUUGUAAGCUGUGUAAUGUCACCCUCAAUUCAGCACAGCAAGCUCAAGCACAUUAUCAGGGCAAAAACCACAGCAAGAAAUUACGCAAUUACUGUGCAUCAAGUAGCUGUCCUGCUUCAUCAAGACUGAAUCAAACUUUAGAAACCGUAUCACCGGGAUCAUCAUCACCAAAUGUUACAGCCCCAAAAUGUGGGGGUCGUGUGAUCCUUGCCACUGAGAAUGAUUACUGCAAACUGUGUGAUGCUUCAUUCAGCUCUCCAGUGGUGGCCCAAGCACAUUACCAGGGAAAAAACCAUGCUAAGAGGCUUCGACUGGCAGAGACCCCCGUCAACUCGUUGAUGGACCCGGCAGAAUGCAAGAAAAGAGCUCGAAAAGAAGGGAAUGAACAUAAGAUGAUGCAAAAUAGAAGAAUCGUCUGCUCUCCUCAGAAUAAUACAGGUCCAUAUUUCAAUCCCCGUUCACGGCAGAGAAUUCCUAGAGACCUGGCUAUGUGUGUAACUCCAAGUGGACAGUUCUACUGUUCAAUGUGCAAUGUGGGAGCCAGUGAAGAGCUCGAGUUUAGGCAACAUCUGGAGACAAAACAGCACAAGAGUAAAGUUUCUGAACAACGCUACCGCAGCGAGAUGGAAAAUUUAGGCUACAUUUAGGGAAAUUACCACUAUCAAGUUGUAUUUUAUGCUUGACUUUUUUUGUUAUUACCACUACAUCUUGUAACUAUUUUACAGUUUGGAGGCCUUUCAAGAACUUCUCAACAUGGUCUUUCCAAUUCUGGAGAUCUACUCAUGUUUCUCUUUAACACUGAGAUAAUGAUUAUGACUCUUAAAUAUGUUACAACUGAAAACCCAGUCCUAACAUACCUGUGCUCUGUAAUGUCAGGUCAUGGGAAAUGUCAGUGAUUGUCGAUUGUGCAUUUUAUCCAAGUAUCCCUUUUCAUGGCUGCACUCAGCAGUGCAUUCCUUUCAUCAGUGGUCCCCAACAAAUGGCUUUUCAGUCACAUUUACUAUAUUUAUCUUUGAUGUUGCUCAUGGCAGAUAUUCAGCAGUUGUUAAAGUGAACCUGUCCUGGCUCGUAAUAUGUGCAAAAAAAACCCACAGUGGAAUGAGUAUAGACACUAAUGUCUGAAGUUUAAAAUGGGGAUGGUACUUAGGUCUGGGUUUGUUGUCCAAAGGGCACCGCUAGGAUCAACUCUUGCUACCCUAGGCACUUUGUGAGCCAGGUUUGGCUCACUUUAAAGCAGUUGUAUACCAAUUUUUUUUAUUUUUGCCUACAGGUAAGCCUAUAAUAAGGCUUACCUGUAGGUAAAAUGAAUAUCUCCUAAAUCUGUACGGUUUAGGAGAUAUUCACUUUGCAUGCAGCCGCUGAUGUCAGCGGCGAAUGCACUGUGAAUGCCCGGGUGAAGGUCCGGCAGACGCUGCCAUACUUUGCCGGGAAGAAGACUCCCGCGCACAUGGGAGUGACAUCAUUGUGGCUCUGGCCACUCACAACGCCGGAGCCGCGAACCUGGAAGACACGCCAAGGGCAAAAUGUCAGCUCCCUCGAUGUGGACUGGGAUUAGAUACCAACGCCUCGUUCUAAAGUAAGUAUUUCAUACUAGCUCAUUGUGCCUUUGCCUUACAGUUUUUUUUGUUUGUUUUUUUACCUGCAGGGUGUGCAACUGCUUUAAAUACUUCUACUUGAACAUGUUACCGUAAACAUUUCUCAUGUAUGUGAAAAUAAUCAAA